AUGCCAGACCCAGUGGAUAAGGAACUUCAGCCUUCUGAUGCUCAAGUAGCUCACCUUCCUCCAACCAAUUUCGAACGAUCUGGUGACUCAGAUGAAGACCAAAUAAAGGAGUUUGGCGAGAAAGGGAACCAAGAAAAGCGACAGUCCAGCGAGUUCAAUGAGAAAGACGAAUCCCGACUUGCAGAUCUUGAAGAAGUCAAGACUGGCGCAUCUGAAGCGCCAACAAUUUCACCGUCGGCACCGGGCCCAGAUCCUCCCCAGAAGAAACCAUGGCACAAGAAACUGAACCCUCUUCGAUGGGGUGCACCACCUCCGAUUCCUGAAAAGCCACUUAAGAGCCGGGAACAUGAUGCAGGUUUCCUUAGCAAGUUGACGUUCCAAUGGAUGGGUCCUUUAAUGCAUGCUGGUUACCGAAGGCCGCUGGAAGCGAAUGAUAUAUGGACAGUCAAUCCGGAUAGAUCUGUCGAGCCUCUGACUCUGAAAAUGAAAGAGUCAUUCCAGAGACGGGUCGAAAACGGCGAAAAGCACCCUUUAUUCUGGGCUAUGCACGAAACCUUCAAGGUCGAAUUUUGGACUGGCGGCGCAUGUGCACUCUACACCAGUAUAAUUCAAGUCAUCAGUCCUUUCACGCUCCGAUAUCUAAUUCAGUUCGCCGCCGAUGCUUACGUUGCUAACCAGACUGGGGGGCCACCACCUCAUAUCGGUAAAGGUGUUGGCCUGGCCGUUGGUAUUACCUUGAUGCAAAUCACCCAGAGUCUGGGAACCAACCAUUACAUCUACCGAGGUAUGACAGUGGGUGGUCAGAGCAGAGGAGUUCUGAUUGGUCUUAUCUACGAAAAGUCGCUGGUCAUCUCUGGUCGUGCUAAAGCUGAGGGUGCUCUGCAAAGUAAUGCCCCUGGCGCAAAUGACGAUGCUCAAAACGAGAAGAAGGCAAAGAAAGCAAAGAAGGCAAAGAAAGCAAAGAAGGCCAAGCCGGACGCUUCAGAUGGUACUGGUUGGGGCAACGGUCGAAUCACCGCCCUGCAGAGUGUUGACACAUACCGUGUUGACCAAGCCUCUGCUCUGUUUCACAUGGUAUGGACGUCGCCAAUCCUGUGUCUUCUUACACUGGCCCUUCUCCUGGUAAACAUUACCUACAGUGCCUUGGCUGGUUACGGUCUUCUUGUUAUUGGCAUGCCCUUCUUGACAAAAGCGAUCCGAAGUCUGUUUCAUCGACGACGAGCUAUCAAUCAGAUCACCGAUCAACGUGUAUCUCUCACCCAAGAAAUUUUACAGUCUGUUCGUUUUGUCAAGUAUUUUGGUUGGGAAAAGGCCUUCCUGGAACGUCUCGGAAACUUCAGAAACAAGGAGAUCCACGCCAUCCAGAUCCUGCUUGCCAUCCGAAACGCUUUGAACGCCGUCAGCAUGUCGCUACCCAUCUUCGCCUCCAUGCUUUCCUUCAUCUGCUACUCUCUGACACAUAGUGGACUUACAGCUGCCGAAGUCUUCUCCUCGCUAGCUUUGUUCAACGGCCUCAGAAUACCCCUGAACCUGCUACCAUUGGUUUUGGGUCAAGUAAUCGACGCAUGGGGCUCCGUUCAGCGAAUUCAGGAGUUUCUGCUUCAGGAAGAGACAGUUGAAGAUAUGAUCUUUGACAGUACUGGAGAUGAUGCGAUUCGGCUUGAAGAUGCCUCAUUUACUUGGGAGAAGUCUCAUAAAGAAGAAGCCAGCAAGGACGAGAAAACCAAGAAGGAAAGGGCCAAGGACAACCAUGCUCGUUCUCCCCAGAAUGAGUCCUCUGGCGAUGAUACGAGCACUCUUGUUGAGGAGCGGGAACCCUUCAAGCUUCAAGAUCUCAACUUCGACGUUAAAAGAAACGAACUUGUUGCCGUCAUUGGAUCAGUUGGUAGUGGCAAGAGUUCUCUGCUUUCUGCCCUGGCUGGAGACAUGCGAAAGACAAAUGGCCAGGUCACAUUCGGCUCGUCAAGAGCAUUCUGUCCUCAAUAUGCCUGGAUUCAAAACACCACACUGAAGAACAAUAUUGUGUUUGGCAAAGAUCUUGAUAAGGCUUGGUACAACAAAGUCAUUCAAGCUUGUGCCCUUCAAGCGGAUAUUGAUAUGCUCCCUAACGGUGACUUGACGGAGAUUGGUGAACGUGGUAUUACCAUCUCUGGUGGUCAGAAGCAGCGUCUUAACAUUGCCCGAGCUAUUUACUUCGAUGCCGACAUCGUUCUCAUGGACGAUCCUCUCAGCGCCGUCGACGCUCACGUCGGACGCCACAUCUUCGAUAACGCCAUUCUUGGCCUUCUCAAGGAUAAAUGCCGUGUUCUGGCUACUCAUCAGCUCUGGGUCCUUAGCCGAUGUGACCGCAUUAUCUGGAUGGAGAAUGGCAAGAUUCAGGCCAUCGAUACCUUCGAGAAAUUGAUGAAGGACCAUAAAGGUUUCCAAGCACUAAUGGAGACGACUGCCGUUGAAGAGAAGCGUGAAGAGGUCAAGAAGCCUGAUGACGGUGAGGAGCCUACCGCAGACGAGAAGAAGAAGAAAAAGAGGAAGGGCGCUGCACUCAUGACUCAAGAAGAGAGGGCUAGCGCCAGCGUCUCGUGGUCUGUCUAUGCUGCUUACAUCAAGGCAUCUGGAUCGAUAUUGAAUGCUCCGCUGGUAUUGUUUCUCCUUAUCAUAUCUCAAGGAGCCAACAUCGUUACAAGUCUAUGGCUGUCGUACUGGACUUCGGACAAGUUCAAUCUGUCAACAGGUGUGUACAUCGCCAUCUAUGCAGCACUCGGCGUCGUACAGGCUAUCCUGAUGUUUGCCUUCUCGGUCGUCUUGUCUAUUCUUGGUACAAAGUCGAGUAAAGUCAUGCUUCGAAUCGCUGUGACUCGCGUUUUGCGAGCACCCAUGUCUUUCUUCGACACAACUCCUCUAGGUCGUAUCACGAACCGCUUCUCGAGAGAUGUUGAUGUUAUGGACAACAACCUCUCAGAUGCGCUUCGUAUGUUCUUGCUUACUAUGGGUAUGAUCACGUCUGUUUUCAUCCUCAUCAUUGCGUUCUAUUACUACUUCGUCAUCGCCCUUGUCCCUCUAUACGUUGCGUUCGUCAUCGCAGCUAUCUACUAUCGUUCAUCGGCUCGAGAGGUCAAGCGUUUCGAGUCUGUUCUUCGAUCGCAUGUCUUCGCUAAGUUCGGAGAGGGUCUUACUGGAGUAGCAUCUAUCCGAGCAUAUGGCCUUCAGGAUCGCUUCGUUAGCGAGUUGCGCGAGUCAAUCGAUAACAUGAACGGUGCAUAUUAUAUCACAUUCGCCAACCAACGAUGGCUGUCUAUGCGCAUUGAUCUCAUCGGUGUGCUUCUCGUUUUUGUCACAGCCAUUCUUGUUGUCACUUCGCGUUUCUCCAUCAAUCCUUCUACUGGUGGUCUCGUUCUGAGUUACAUCUUGUCAAUUGUGGGCAUGAUGCAGUUCUCUGUUCGCCAGCUCGCUGAAGUGGAGAAUGCCAUGAACGCUGUGGAGAGACUUUACUACUAUGGCACGGAGCUUGAAGAGGAGGCCCCUUCGCAUACAGUUGAAGUACGCAAAUCAUGGCCUGAGAAGGGUGAGAUUGUGUUUGACAAUGUCGAGAUGCGAUAUCGAGCUGGCCUUCCGUUGGUUCUCUCAGGGUUGACAAUGCACGUCAAGGGCGGCGAGCGUAUUGGUAUUGUCGGACGUACUGGUGCUGGAAAGAGCUCUAUCAUGAGCACUCUCUUCCGUCUGGUAGAGAUCUCUGGUGGCAAGAUUACCAUUGAUGGACUUGAUAUCUCCACCCUUGGUCUUCACGAUCUUCGAUCCCGUCUCGCGAUCAUCCCGCAAGAUCCUACCCUCUUCCGAGGAACUGUUCGUAGCAACCUCGAUCCUUUCAACGAACAUACCGAUCUUGAACUAUGGUACGCACUUCGCAAGGCAGAUCUUGUACCUGCCGAUGCCGAAACACCCGAAGAAGCCCGCCGUACAAACGACCCUUCUCGGAUUCAUCUCGACACACCCGUCGAAGAAGAUGGCCUCAACUUCUCGCUUGGCCAACGGCAGCUUAUGGCCCUUGCGCGAGCUCUUGUCCGAGGUGCCCAGAUCAUCGUCUGUGACGAGGCCACCUCCUCAGUCGACAUGGAGACAGACGACAAGAUCCAGGCUACCAUGGCGGUUGGCUUCCGAGGCAAGACGCUGCUGUGUAUUGCUCAUCGACUACGCACCAUCAUUGGCUACGAUCGAAUCUGUGUCAUGGAUGCUGGCCGCAUCGCUGAGCUGGAUACUCCACUGCAGCUUUGGAAACAGGGUGGCAUCUUCCGCAGCAUGUGUGAUCGCAGCGGUAUCAGAAUGGAGGAUAUCAACGGCGCAAGGGAGGAACUCGGCAGUGCGGUGGGAGAGUCGAGUGGCCAGUGA